UGCAGUAUCAGUAAUGAAUACUGAAAGCAAUCAUGUUGUUACUAUGACAACAAAAUGUAACUUUGUAUAUAUUCUUUUAUAGCUUCAUAGUACAUUAAUGUUUAAGAACGUUUUUAGUGUUGCAUAGAACAAUUACAAUAGAAAAUUAAAGAGUUUAUAUAAUUUAAUAAUGUCUUCUACAGGAGCUACUAAUGUAGUAAGAGGGGAGGGAAUACUCCAUGCACAUAAAGUACGAUAUAGUAAGGAAACACACCAACUGUUGAAGGUUCUACUGGAGGAAAGCAAACUGUCAAUAUUCCAACGGCAGCAGAUUCAAAAUUCUGUCUGUAAUGGUGACCCACUACCACCUCUACCAUCUGGCCAAGAUGUUAGAUCAAGUGUUCGAGUUCCAGCAAGUGCCUAUGUUAAAAAGCAUGUUUUUCACAAGAAACGAACCCGAGAUGCCAUAAUUUCUUCAGGGGCAUAUGAACGAGAUUCUUUUGUUCCCAUUCAUCCCAGAGUUGACAAAGAAAAAGAGAAGCAAAAAUUGCAGAGUCUGAUGGCAUAUGGUAAAGUUAUUCCUCCAACUCCCGUGAACAAAACGCGGUUGGUUCCUAAGCCACCCCUGGAAACCCCAAAGCAAACGGACAGGUUUACAGAAUUGGUAGAAGAGGUCCAGGAUCGCUUAGAAUUUUUGUUGGAGAUGAAAGAACUAGGAUAUGAGAAGAAGUAUCGCCCCAUUAUUGAACAACAGGUAGCAUCCAAGGUGAGACAAAUGAAGAAAAUCAACCCACAACGUUGUCAAGAGCUCAGAAUAUCUGAACGCUUGUUUCUGCUUUAAUGAAAGCCAUAAGCAUGAAGGAUAAUGUUCUUUUUUAUACUAUUUAUAACUUUUACGACACCAAAUUUACUCAUGGUAAAUGCUCAAUUUUUCACUUAAUAAAGAAAUAUAUUCACAUUUUAACCAUCUUGUCAUGUUUGUGUGAAACUUAUAUUUUAUGACUGUUUAUUUUAAAGCGUGCUGUUUGUAUGUCAUUUUGUAAAUGUCAAAAUGUCUUUGUACAGUCCUGAUUUAUUUUGUGACCAUGUAAGAUACAAUUUUGUAAUCAUCUUUCAAACACAGCUGUUUCCAUCACUGAAAGUGUGUUUUGUACGUGGAGCGAAGAGCAAUACAUACCAGGGCUUUAAUAAAAGUGACUUGCAAAAUAUAUUCAUUCAUUUCAAUAACACA